AUGGAGCUUGAGCCAUGCCCCAUGUCUCAGGUCAGCGCAUUUGAAUUUGCGAAGUCUAGUGGGAAUAACAGCACAACGCUUGAGCCACGACACGGAGCCAAGUUCCUCUUUACAAAAGUUUCCAUUGAUAGCGACAGACAAGAGCGGGCUAUUAGAGAAGUACAAGAACUUAAUUCGCCAACUUCCUUCAGAGUGGUUGUCGGAAGCUUCCUUGAGACUUUAUUCCGAGAAGUUAGCGAUCGAUAUUAUCCAUUGGAUGAAGAUAUUUUCCGAGAUUGUCUCAAGAGUUGGAAUAGUUCAUCCUUUUUUAUGCUUGAAAAGGCUGCACUUGGAUUGUCGGGAGAUGUAAAUAUCACUCUCCAAUUUUCACCACCGGAGUACAAUCCUACCUUGGACUCCCUCAAAAAUCUCAUCGUCAUGUCAUUUGAUAGUGUCGUGGACGACUAUAGCCAACCUGGCAACUCACUCGUGGCUCUACUAGACAAGUAG